AUGUCCGCCGGCCAGCUAGGCAUGGAGGCCCCGGGCCCCGGGGCCCGGUGCCCGGUGCAAGAGCAGCGUGCCCGUUGGGAGCGGAAGCGCGCCUGCACCGCCCGGGAGCUGCUGGAGACCGAGCGGCGCUACCAGGAGCAGCUGGGGCUGGUGGCCACGUACUUCGUGGGCAUUCUGAGAGCCAAGGGCACCCUGCGGCCACCGGAGCGCCAGGCCCUGUUUGGGCCCUGGGAGCUCAUUUACGGCGCCAGCCAAGAGCUGCUUCCCCACCUGGAAGGAGGGCACUGGGGGCGGGGGCUGGAGGGCUUCUGCCCCCACCUCGAGCUCUACACCCAGUUUGCUGCCAACGCCGAGACGUCCCAGACCACCCUGCAGGAACAACUGAAGAAAAGCAAACGUUUCCGGAGGUUCGUGAAGCUUCAGGAAGGCCGCCCCGAGUUCGGGGGCCUGCAGCUCCAGGACCUGCUCCCUCUGCCUCUGCAGAGGCUCCAGCAGUAUGAAAACCUUGUUGUUGCUUUGGCUGAAAACACAAGUCCCAACAGCCCUGACCACCAGCAGCUCACACGGGCCGCUCGGCUGAUAAGUGACACUGCCCAGAGAGUCCACGCCAUCGGUCAGAAACAGAAGAAUGGCCAGCACCUCCGGCGUGUCCAGGCCCUUCUCAGCGGCCGCCGGGCAAAGGGGCUCACCUCAGGUCGCUGGUUCCUGCGCCAGGGCUGGCUGUUGGUAGUGCCUCCCCGCGGGGAACCCCGGCCCCGAAUGUUCUUCCUGUUCUCGGACGUGCUCGUCAUGGCCAAGCCUCGGCCCCCGUUGCACCUGCUGCAGAGUGGCACCUUUGUCUGCCGGGCCGUCUACCCCAUGGCUCAGUGCCACCUCCAAAGGGUCUUUGGCCACUCGGGGGGCCCCUGUGGUGGGCUGCUCAGCCUGUCCUUCCCUCAUGAGAAGCUACUGCUUAUGUCCACGGACCGGGAGGAGCUGUUGCGCUGGUACCACAGUCUGACCUUGGCCAUCAGCCAGAAGAACUAG